GAUGUGGGUAAAUUGACCGUCUUCGUAGUCUUACCAACUGAAAAUCCAAGUAAUGCAUAUCUGUGUGGGAAUAACUCUGCUGCACGCUCUUCCUGCCUAAGCAGCAGUUGUUUUCAGUUUUUCUUAUCGAGCCUCACAAAUUGUCCCCCCAUUGCCUUCUUCUUUCUCUCUUCUUCUCUGUAUCUCCGUCUUUUCUCUGUUUCUCCUCGUCUUUUCCGUGUUCUUCAUUUUUCUUUUUUUUUCUUUUUUCUUUUUUUUUUCCCUUUCUUUGAAAGACUGUAAAGAAACCAGACAGCCAUGAACAACAUCUACAGCAAAGAAAAGCUAGUGGUGGAGGUGAUUGCAGCUCACAAUCUCAUGCCAAAAGACGGUGAAGGCUCAUCUUCUUCAUUUGUGGAGGUUGAGUUUGAAAACCAGAGGCUGAGAACCCAAGUGAAAUACAAAGACUUGAACCCUGUUUGGAACGAAAAGCUCGUCUUCCAUGUCAAAGACGUUGCUGAUCUUCCUUACAGAACCAUAGAUAUCAACGUCUUCAACGAAAGGAGAUCGAGCAAUAGCAGAAAUUUUCUUGGUAAAGUCAGAGUCUCUGGUUCUAGCAUUGCAAAAGAAGGUGAAGAGGUUGUUCAACUUCACACACUUGAUAAAAGGAGCUUGUUUUCUCAUAUCAGAGGCGAGAUAAGCCUGAAGCUUUAUCUUUCAACCAGAGAGGAGGUUAAAGAAAUGGGUGGUAAUGGAACAGUGGUGAAUUCUGUUUCCACUUCCUCUACUGGGUUUUCGAAGAAGAGUAAGAAAAUGCAGGGACCGAGCUCUGUUAUGAUGGCUCAGCAGCAACUGAUACAGGAAAAUAAGCCAACACAGCAGGGUCAGAGCCUUUCAAAGCCUGUUGAGCCUAACCCUGGAGAAAUCAAGCCCGUUGUUAUCACAACCGGACCGGGUCCAGUUAUUCCCGGUACCGGAGGAGGUGCCGGAAACUUAGGGACCGGAGGCGGAGGCGGAGGAGGAGGAGCGGGUGGGGUGAAUGUGUACCCAAAUGGGUCUACUGAGUUUUCGCUCAAAGAGACUCAUCCUCAACUCGGUGGAGAAGCUUUGCAGAAAGACAAAACCAGCUCAACCUAUGAUCUUGUAGAGCAAAUGCAGUAUCUUUAUGUUAGGGUUGUGAAAGCCAGGGAAAUCUCUAUUUUUGGUGGUGGAGAGUUGGUGGCUGAAGUGAAACUUGGGAACUACAGGGGAAUCACGAAGAGGGCUAGUCUUAGUAACGUUGAGUGGCACCAAGUUUUUGCCUUUUCUAAGGAUUGUAUACAGUCAUCAAUGGUGGAAAUAUUUGUGAAGGAGGGCAACAAAGAUGACUUCCUCGGGCGCGUUUGGUUCGAUUUGAGUGAGGUUCCGAGAAGGGUUCCACCGGAUAGUCAAUUAGCACCACAGUGGUAUAGAAUGGAGGAUAAGAAAGGUGACAAGACAAAAACAGGGGAGGUAAUGAUAUCUAUUUGGUUCGGCACUCAAGCCGACGAAGCUUUCGCUGAAGCUUGGCAUUCUAAAGCUGCGAAUGUGCAUUUUGAUGGUCUUUCCUCGAUUAAAUCCAAGGUAUAUUUAUCUCCAAAGCUUUGGUAUCUAAGACUUUGUGUCAUUGAAGCUCAAGAUAUCCUUCCUGGUGAAAAAGGAACCACGUUGAUGAGAUUUCCCGAGCUUUCUGUAAAAGCCCAAAUGGGAAACCAGUUUUUAAGGACGAGAAUUUCGCCUGCAAGUCCGAACCGGAGUCUCUCCAAUCCAUAUUGGAACGAAGAAAUGAUGUUUGUGGUUGCAGAACCAUUCGAAGAUUACUUGUUGAUUUCGGUGGAGGAUCGUCUUGGACCCGGAAGAGAUGAGGUUGUUGGCAGGGUGGUUCUUCCAGUGACAGCACUCGAAAAGCGAAACGAUGAAAAGCUUGUUACUUCAAGGUGGUUUAACCUCGACAACCAUUUCAGCAAUGCAGCAGAUUCGAAAAUGGUGACCAGAUUUGGGUCUAGGAUUCAUCUUCGUGUUUCAUUGGAUGGUGGUUACCAUGUUCUAGACGAAGCAACUAUGUAUAGCAGCGAUGUUAGGCCUACUGAGAAGCAACUUUGGAAACCCCACAUUGGUGUUCUUGAAAUGGGAAUUUUGGGAGCCACAGGGCUUAUGCCUGUGAAGAUCAAGGAAGGGAAAGGAGGAUCAGCUGAUGCCUAUUGUGUUGCCAAGUAUGGACAGAAAUGGGUGCGAACCAGAACCGUGGUUGAUAGCUUGUCACCCAAAUGGAACGAGCAGUACACCUGGGAAGUGUUUGAUCCUUGCACUGUUAUUACAGUUGGGGUGUUUGAUAAUUCCCGCAUCGACAAGAACAUUUCGAACAACAAUGCAGCUCGUGAUGCUCGAAUCGGGAAGGUUCGAAUUCGAUUGUCGACACUUCAAACGGAUAGAGUUUAUACUCACUCUUAUCCUCUGCUUAUGUUGCACACAUCUGGGGUUAAGAAAAUGGGGGAGCUUCAUUUGGCAGUCCGGUUCUCAUGUGCCAAUGUGGCCAACAUGCUGCAUAUGUACACAAUGCCUUUGCUUCCGAAGAUGCAUUUUGUGCAUCCUUUGAGUGUGAACCAAUUGGAGGGUUUGAGGUACCAAGCAAUGAAUGUGGUAGCCUCUCGGCUUAGUCGUGCUGAACCGCCACUCGGCCGAGAGGUGGUGGAGUAUAUGCUUGAUCAUGACUCACAUAUGUGGAGCAUGAGAAGAAGCAAAGCCAACUUUUUUAGGCUAAUGAAUGUUCUUUCAGGCUUCAUUGCUAUGGGGCGUUGGGUCGAGGCAAUGCGGAAUUGGCACAAACCAGUGUACUCAACCUUGUUCCUGUUUAUAUUCCUCGUGCUAGUCCUAGUUCCGGAACUCAUAAUCCCUACCAUAUUGUUCUACAUGGCUUGUCUGGGACUUUGGCGAUACAGGGUUCGACCACGCCAGCCAUCCCAUAUGGAUAUCAGGCUGUCUCAUGCAGAAAGUGUUUACCCCGAUGAACUGGAUGAGGAAUUCGAUUCGUUCCCGACAAGCCGGAGCGCAGAUGUAGUAAGGAUGAGGUAUGAUCGGCUGAGGAGCGUGGCGGGAAGGAUUCAAACCGUUGUUGGUGAUAUGGCUACACAAGGUGAACGUUUCCAAGCGCUGCUAAGCUGGAGAGACCCAAGGGCAACUUUCUUGUUUGUGAUAUUUUGCUUCAUUGCUGCUUUUGGUCUCUAUGCAGUGCCAAUUAGAAUUGUGGUUGCUUUGUGGGGGGUUUAUGUGCUAAGGCCACCAAGGUUCAGGAGCAAGUUGCCUUCUAAGGCGUUGAGUUUCUUCAGGAGGCUGCCCUCAAGAGCAGAUAGCUUGUUGUAAACAAAUGAAUUAGCUUGACUUUUUAUAGUUUAGAAUUUCAUAGGGAACUACAAGGUGGGACCUUUUGUCUUGUUUUGUUUGGUUGGAUAUUGUCUCCCCUGCAGUCGUGUUGAUGUUUUGUCUAAGAGAACUAUUUAUGUUAUGCAUAUUCAUGAAGCAAUUUAUGUAUCUAGUACUGUUAUUACUGAUUUUAA